AUGCCACCCAAGAGGAUGCCAGAGCAUGCGGGCCUAGCAAAGUCGGCCCUUUUCUCGGUCACGAUACCGGCCCUGGAGACCCAAUGCCGGCAGGCCCCGGCCUCGGGCAGGUGGAUGCAGCAGGGCGGAGUUUUGGAGGCGGGCGGGCGGUGCACUCAACUGGGUAGGCCUGACGUCGCACCACUUCCCGAGCGGGCUAAGGCCCGGGCCCAACUCAAGCAGUUUGGCUUCAUUAACCUGAAAGAUCUUGGCGUCCUUUGCUACUCCGGGCUCGUGACUGUAUACCAGUGCGAGUACUAG